AUGGCUGCCUACACCAACGGCUAUCAUGCCGAGAAGAAGCAUAUCUUACUCAACGCAUUUGACAUGAGCACCGUUGGCCACUUGUCUCCAGGUCAAUGGAAGAACCCCAACGAUCGCUCGGCCCACAAACGCAAACUGGACUAUUGGAUCGACUUGGCCAAACUUCUUGAGAAAGGCGACAUAAACGCCCUGUUCUUGGCCGAUACUUACGGCGGUUACGAUACGUACGAGGGCAGCUUGGAUAACUGCAUUCGGAGAGCUGCACAAUGGCCUAUGACAGACCCGACAAUUCCGAUAUCUGCUAUGGCAGCCGUGACCAAGAACCUGGCCUUCGGCAUCACUGCCUCGACCACGUUCGAGCCCCCCUUCUUACUCGCCAAACGCUUCUCUACCCUUGACCACUUGACCAACGGUCGAAUUGGGUGGAACAUUGUGACAUCCUGGAAGAAGGCAGCCUUCAAAGCAAUUGGCCUGGACUCACCCAUCGAGCAUGACGAGCGCUAUGUCCAGGCAGACGAGUAUCUCCGAGUCCUCUACAAACUCUGGGAGGGAUCCUGGAGCGACGACGCCAUCGUCGAGGACAAAGAGAAUGAUACGUACGCGCUCCCCGAGAAGAUCCGGGAGAUCCACCAUCACGGCAAAUAUUUCAAGCUCGACACCAGGCACAUCACCGAUCCCUCCCCCCAGCGGACGCCCUUUCUAUUCCAAGCCGGAACAUCCGCUGCCGGUUCCGAGUUCGCCUCAACCCACGCGGAAGCCAUCUUCGUCUCCUCGCACAGCCCCAUCCCGCUCCGCCCCAAAGUCGACAACAUCCGACGCCUCGCCGCGGCCAAGGGGCGCGACCCGCGCUCGAUCAAAGUGUUCGCGACCUUCUGCCCGAUCGUGGGGCGCACCGACGCCGAGGCGCAGGCGAAGCUGCGCGAGUACCGCAAGUACGCGUCGACGGUGGGCGGGCUGGUGCUGUUCAGCGGCUGGACCGGCAUCGACGUGUCGAAGCUGCCGCUCGACGAGGACCUGACGCCCGCGCACUCCAAGGAGGCCCACAGCGUCAAGUCGAUCCUGUCGACGCUGACGGCGACGUCCAAGGACGUGCCCAAGGUCACGACCCGCGUCGUUGCUGAGAAGGCGUCGAUUGGUGGGUUGGGCCCCGUCGCGGUUGGCAGCCCGGCGACGGUGGCGGAUGAGAUGGAGCGGUGGGUGCGCGAGGCGGAUGUGGAUGGGUUUAACCUCGCUCAUGUCACGACGCCGGGGACGUUUGAGGAUGUUGUUGAGUUGCUGAUUCCUGAGCUCCGCCGGAGGGGCUUGUAUCCUGAGAAGAUCGAGGAUGGGCUUACUGCGAGAGAGAAGGUGUACGGCAAGGGCCAGUCCAAGCUGAGGGAUGAUCACGAAGGGAGCAGGUACAAGUACGAUGUGUACCGGGAAGACCCUCCGUAUGUACCGCCAACGGAGACUGUGAACGGAGUGGAUGCGAGACCGGCGAAGGCUGUCGCCUAUGAUCUUAGGAGACAGCAGGAACUUUUCGCAUGA